UUGCCAAGGGACAGAAAUGAAAGCAGCACCCUGGUGCACCUCCCAGCAGACAGGCUACACCCUUGCUCCAGGGCUCCUGUAGCCCCUGUCCCCAAUUCACUCCUGGGGGAAACAUGGCCAAGCCACCUGGCUGAAUGGGUGGACUGAGCUCCCACCACAUGACAUCAGCCAGGGCGGGCUCCCCUCUCAGCGGUUCCCUCCUCCUUCCUCCCGCCCGAAACCUGAUCCAGCUGAAGGUCUGAUUGCUGGAAAACUUGGCGGCUCCCCAACCCUGGUGGCCCGGGGAGUGUGUGCCUGCAGCCUCAGAAGGUGCAGGCAGCGGGCCGGAGAGGCAGGCUGGCUGGGACAUGAGGCUGGCAGCGGGCGGGCAGGCUGGCCCUUGGCGGGGCUCUCCCUGAGCAGUCACUCGGAGGCACUCCCACGUGGGAAGCUCGCCAUGCUGCUGUGGGCCCCGCAGGCGCUGCUCACCCUGCUCCUCCCCACACUGCUGGCACAGGGAGAAGCCAGGCGGAGGGGGGGCCUCCAGGGCCGGAACACCAGCAGGCCCGCUCUGCUGAGGCUGUCGGAUCACCUCCUGGCCAACUACAAGAAAGGGGUGCGGCCCGUGUGGGACUGGAGGAAGCCAACUACCGUGUCCAUUGACGUCAUUGUCUAUGCCAUCCUCAGCGUGGAUGAGAAGAAUCAGGUCCUGACCACCUACAUCUGGUACCGGCAGCACUGGACUGAUGAGUUCCUCCGGUGGAACCCUGAGGACUUUGACAACAUCACCAAGUUGUCCAUCCCCACGGACAGCGUCUGGGUCCCAGACAUUCUCAUCAACGAGUUCGUGGACGUGGGGAAGUCUCCAAAUAUCCCAUACGUGUAUGUUCAGCAUUACGGCGAGGUCCAGAACUACAAGCCCCUCCAGGUGGUGACCGCGUGUAGCCUGGACAUCUACAACUUCCCCUUCGACGUACAGAACUGCUCGCUGACCUUCACCAGCUGGCUGCACACCAUCCAAGACAUCAACGUCUCCCUGUGGCGCUCACCAGAAAAGGUGAAGUCGGACAAGAGCGUCUUCAUGAACCAGGGAGAGUGGGAGCUGCUGGGAGUGCUGACCCAGUUUCGGGAGUUCAGUAUGGAAAGCAGCGACCAUUACGCAGAAAUGAAGUUCUAUGUGGUCAUCCGCCGGCGGCCUCUGUUCUACGUCGUCGGCCUGCUGCUGCCCAGUAUCUUCCUCAUGGUCAUGGACAUCAUGGGCUUCUACCUGCCCCCAGACAGUGGCGAGAGGGUCUCCUUCAAGAUCACGCUCCUCCUGGGCUACUCAGUCUUCCUGAUCAUUGUGUCCGACACGCUGCCGGCCACUGCCAUCGGCACCCCCCUCAUCGGUGUCUACUUUGUGGUGUGCAUGGCGCUGCUGGUGAUAAGCUUGGCCGAGACCAUCUUCAUUGUGCGGCUGGUGCACAAACAAGACCUGCAGCAGCCUGUUCCUGCCUGGCUACGGCACCUGGUGCUGGAGAGGAUCACCCGACUACCGUGCCUCAGGGAGCAGUCGACUUCCCACAGGCCCCCAGCCGCCUCCCAAGCCACCAAGACUGAUGAUUGUUCAGCCAUGGGAAACCACUGUGGCCAUUUGGGAAGAUCCCUGGACUUGGAGAAGACCCCGAGGGGCAGAUGCAGCCCUCCUCCGCCCCCAAGAGGGGCCUCGCUGGCCGUCCAUGGGCUGCUGCAGGAACUGUCCUCCAUCCGGCACUUCCUGGAGAAGCGGGACGAGAUCCGAGAGGUGGCCCGGGACUGGCUGCAGGUGGGCUCUGUGCUGGACAAGCUGCUCUUCCGCAUCUACCUGAUGGUGGUGCUGACCUACAGUGUCACCCUGGUCACGCUCUGGUCCAUCUGGCAUUAUUCUUGAGUGGGUGCAGCCCAGCAGGGGAGGAAGAUAUGGGUCUGGUUAGGAUGAGGACAGAAGAUUUCUGCUUAGG